AAGCAGACAAUUGCGAAUUUCCUAAAAAAAAAUUAAAAAUUAAUCAAAAUUAGCGAUGUACCAGCAAUAUAUAAACCAAAUACAGACCUCGAUCUCGUGUCUGACGUCGGACGAGUUGAAGGAGCUGCUCAACAACGAUGACGAACUCGAAAGGAGGGUCGAUGAAGUGCUUUCCUCCCUGGAGAACGAAAAAGAAGAAAUGCUGAAUGUCAAUCGUGCGUUGGCCGAGGAAAAUAUUUUGCAAGAACCCAAAAUCAUCGAACUCAAAGCCACGGUGAACGAAUUAGCGGAAGAGGGAAAAACUCUCGUCACUCAAGUGCAGGAAAAAAUCGAAGAAUACAAGAAAAAAUCGGGAAAUUUGAAUCAUGAAACGGCAUUGGCGUUGCUCCAGUCGGCGGCAAUUGAGGCGGAAGACAAAUCCGAACAAAUUUUCCAAAAGUUCCUCGAUAAGGAGGAAACGAACGUGCAAACGUUCAUCGAUGAGUUCAUUGAGUCGCGACAAUUGAUGCACGAUCGCAAAUUGAAGGCCGAUAAAAUGAUCGAGUUGGGCAGGAGUCAAGGAAGGGCAGCGGCACCGAUGCAAACGCCGCAAAAUAAUUUUUAUCCGACAACGGGACUGCCAUAUCCGAUGAAUCCGCAGGGAGGGUCGGCGCCGUAUCCGAUGGGACCGUCGAUGCCGAUGCCGGGGGGAUUUUAUCGACCGAACUUUUAAAAGUGCAUUUUUUUCGUUUAGGAAUUUAAGGCUUGAAAACGACUCAGUAAUAAAAUAUUUGACAUAAUUUA